AUGAAGCGAAAUAUCAUGCCUGAAUUGAUAUUGGAACCCUUCUUCGGCCACUCCGGGAGCAAUUACCCCGAACAGCAAAAGAAUAGAUUGAGCUCAUUUUAUCCCAGCCCAGAGAAUAGCGGAAUCGAGUAUGCCGAGGAAGGCAUUACGUGUGAUAAAUUUGGAAUCCACACGGAGUUGGACAACUAUGGCCUUGCAGAAUUGGAGGCCUAUCACUCAGAUAUGAUCGAGGACAACGGGUGUCUUUUCCUGGGGCAUAUGAAUCACUUCAAAGACAUAUAUGACAGGGAUCCAGAAGGCAUGAGGCAAGAUCUCAGCUUAGAGCCUGCCCCUUAUCCUUGGGAACAAAACAUAGGGCUCAAGGACAUCCAGACAGUUUUCAUUAGACCUCCCAUAGACGAACCAUGUCCGAUUUUGAGGCUCGAAUUCCACGUACAAACUUUCAUUCAACUUAACAUCUGCUCCCGCAACUACCAUGCCGAAUGCAUCGAACAAGACAUGAACUCUAUUACCAAUCAUGACGCCGCCUGCCCGCUCCGCAGAUCCAGGAUCUGUGAGUCCACAAAACCCAACUCGCAACGACCAAGCAGUUGGGUAAACGAUGAACGAAUCGAAAAUUGCAACCUAAUUCAGCCGUACGCGUGUACGGACACAGCUGUACUUACAAUCAAGAGGAACCUUUACAAGAUACACGUCUCUUAUGAAGAUGACGACUUUACCGGUGUGCGAAAUGUAGGGAGAGAGCAAGAGAACGAGACUCAUAAUUCAACCCAACAAGACACAAGCACCCUCAAACACUGUCAAAUAAUGCGUAAAGAUCACAUAUCAUUACCAUUCCAACCAUCAAAAAAACUCCUCGCUAAGACAGGACCACAAAACCUGCCUGCAAUCCUAUGACUUCAUCCAUCAUUAUCAAACGCAUUACAAAAACGCCCGAGACUUUAUAAUGACCCUAAUAGUCCGCUUCCGCUUGAUGCCAUCUGUUCCUUCCUUCCCCUGACCAACGCCUUCCUUUGCAACACUAUCUUUCCAAUCGUCGUCCUCAAUAUCUUGCUCAACAAGGGUUUCCGCAUCCCCACCCCCAUCUCCAUCUCCAUUUCUAUCACCUUCAACCUUUUUCUCUUCUUCUUCUUCUUCUUCUUCUUCCUCUUCAACAGUAGGAUUCAGGUACCGGGAC